GCAGUACAGUCCUAGUUCGUCGAUAUCACCAAACUCGCGGCCUCCUCCCCAAACAUAAAAUUUAACCUAUCUCUCGGUCACUAUGAAGGUAAAGAAUCCCACCGUUCCCUUGCUUAAACCAGUAGACAGGCCAUUACUUGUUCAAUUGUCACAAAUACAACCAGUGACCGAAGACAAAGAUUUCUGCCAUGAUUUGCAGCCACAAGCAAUCGAUGAACCCUCUACCACUACUGCGGAAAUCGAUAAAAUUCAUGUUCCAUUGAUAUCUGCUCAUGUUGACAGCGAGCUCUUCCCACCAAUGAAGCUCACAAUAAAAAAUUCAUUGAGAUCCUUUCAAACACAAAUGAGGCAAUGCCUUUAUGACUAUCCGGAAUUGUUGGACGAGUUCAGGAGGAGCAUCUUUGGCAGGUAUUUGGAUAUAGAUUUUAUUCCUGUACCCGCGUUGGUGUGGCCGUUGUUAGUGAGAUUAUCUAAGAUGGAGAGGAGUUCUGAUAUCUGGUUUGUCCUUAAGGGUGUCCCUAUUCGGUAUUCUAUUGUUGAGUUUGCCUUGAUCACUGGGCUAAACUGCAGCUUCCUGGACAAGGACAGAUAUGAGAAAGACUAUGAUGAGCAUGAAAGAGCCAAUUUCAUUCACUGUAAUUGGCCAGCCGCGCUUCGUGGUGGACGUGAAAACAAAGUGAGUUAUAAGACUAUCCUUCAUAGAUUUAAGCAAUUGUGCAAAAAUUUGAAGGAUAACAAUCAAGGGAAGAGGGAGGAAGCACACCGUGAGGUGAUUAGAGUGGCAAUACUUAUGUUUAUAGUUAUGGUUCUUCUAGGCCCUGCCAGGAGGAAUGCUUCAGUUCCAGAUUGGAUCUUAGGGAAGGUAGCUUGCUCAUGUUCACUGGAAGUGUUCCCCUGGGGUACAUGGGCAUUUUUGGAGUCUCUUAAUUCAUUGAAUAAGAAUUUACAGAAAAAACUCGAUGAGAUAAUUUGCAAAAAAAAAUCUCGAACACUUUGCUAUACUGGAUUUCUACUCCCCAUAUCGAUCUUGCUUUUCGAGUGUGUGCCUGAUUUUGCAAAAACCUUUGCAUUCAAAGACCAGCAAAGUGUCCAGGCAAGUCCACGAAUCUGUCUCUGGAAGCUUAAACGCAGGAAGAAAAUAGACCACAAGGAUGUUGAUGAAGCACUUCAAUCUGUAAAAAGUGUGCAGAGUAUUCUUGCACCUGAUUCACGGGAAGCAGAAGCUGAUUGGGUUUUGAGUUUAAAGCCAUUACAUGAGGACCACCUGGAUAGUGAGCUAAAUGCCUAUGUUAGGCACUUGGAGAAAAAAUUAGUUCUCAUCCCAGUGUGUAGUACAAGGUCAAAAUCGCGCAAGCAGGAAGUGGAAUUCAAGGAAACACCCCCACCGAAAAAGGCGAGGGUUGAUUAUCCCCACAUGGGGAAUGAAGUCAUUCAUGAAUUGAGGGACUAUCCCCCAACCCCAAAUAAUUGGAAGGGUCAAGUUGAUUCUACCGCAGUGGCUAAAUUGAUGGAACAGUUGGUCUGUUUUGAAAACAAGUUUGAUGAUUUUCGGGAGAAUGUGUUGAAUAGGCUUGUCUCUAUCGAAGGACAUGUUGUUCUAUUGAAGAGAAGGGUAAGUGAGUAUGACGCGGAAAAAGAAAUUCACGGAUGUACAGCACCUGAUGAAUCACAAAAAGGAUGUGUACAGGACUUGUUAAGCAUGGUGGGAUUUGUUCGGCCAUCAUCUCAGAUGAGUGAUCAAAAUAAAAAUACUAAUAAACAGGUGCAACCAUCAUCUCAUACAGAGAAUGAAGUACCUUUGUCGAACAGUCAAGUCAGAUGGAUUGUGAAGAUGUUGUAGUUAUAACGCAGGAGACGGGAAGGGGACAGAGAAUAAAGAGACCCUCGUACAAACAAGGCUACCGUUCAACCAUGUAUUGCCAAAAGCCUAAAAGCAGUGCACCCUCCAACGAUACACUAGAAGCCUUCAGAGUUUUCAUACACAAAGCCAUUGAGGAGAAAAGGGAAGUGCAAUGCAAUUUAUAUAAAACAUCAGAAAGUGAAGGAAAAGCCCGAAGGUGGUGGACAGAAUUGUUGACACCUGGUGGUUGGUUAGGUGACUUGCACAUGGAUGAAUAUAUGUUUGUUCUAAGGAGACGUGUACAUGAGGAAAAAAUUUCUCAUGUUGUUGUUCUUACGGAGUUCUUCAGUGGGAUGUGUGAAAGGAAUGCUAGAGACCCGAUUUUCCCUGAAGUAGGAGAGAGGAUGAAAGAAAUUGUUGAUGGUACGUAUGGAGCUCCUUAUAUCAAACCUUGGAAAAAUAUAAGCUUUGUUUAUUUCCCUCAUAAUAUUGGUAGAAGUCAUUGGGUGGCUAUACGUGCUGACUUUGAAAAAGGAAAGCUGACUGUGUUUGACUCCCUAAGGACUUUCAUGGAUAUACUUGCUUUGGAAACAGAAUUAAUUCAUUUGAGGAAAAUGUUCCCUAUUCUUGCACAUCACUGUGGUUUGGGUCCCCACACAGCACACCGGAAGCCACUUUGGGAUGUGGUGCGCCCUAAUGCCCCACAGCAAAUUACAAACGAUUGUGGAGUCUUUGCACUAAAGUUCAUAGAGUUGGAUAUGCAACGAAGGCCGUUUGAUGACCUGCAAAACAAUAAUUCAAAACAAAUUAGUUUACUCAGACUUAGAAUGGCUUAUGAUAUUUGUUUAGAGUAUCAAUUGUCCCUACAAGUGUAAUUUUUUUAUACUAAAUUCUGGAUAUUAUAUUGUAAUGUGUGCCAAUAAGACGUUAUGCAACAUAUUCAUUUAUAAAAUACGGAGCGAGGAGUAUUUAUAAUCUGGAUUAUGUUCUUCAAUUAAAAUAUUCA